AAUCGCUAACAUCGGCCCCUAUAAAUUAGACGAUGACUUGCGGACGGUCCAAUGCACGGUAUGCGAUACCCACAAAUGGUCUAUUCCCAGGAAUGAGCGUCCUGGCUUCUUCGAUAGAUUAGGCGUAUUCAGCGUCGGAGAUCCGAUACCCUUUGCAGAAAGGCAACGUGAUCUGAUCGCUUCUCUCAAGGACCAUCUCAAAGUACCGACUCACAAUAGAUGCAUCAGUAUUGGCGAGACGGGCAAAACGCGUACGCGACGGAGCGAGGCUCUGGCGGUGGCUCGCCCUGCUUAUUUCAAUGUUGUCGGAGGUCACAGCCACAGAGAGUCUGAGAGAUUGCUGGCCUUGCU